AUGUUACCCCUGGCCCAGUUUGGGGUGCUGUCGGCCCUGGCCACCGCGCUCACCUCUGUCCUGUCCGCGCUAUUGCUGCUGGCGCUGACCCAGCAGCUGUGGAGCCUCCGCUGGAGCCUGACCCGGGACAAAGAGAGCAGCCUGCCGCUGCCGAAGGGCUCCAUGGGCUGGCCGCUGGUCGGAGAGACUUUCCACUGGCUUUUCCAGGGCUCCAACUUCCACAUCUCGCGCAGAGAGCGUCAUGGCAACGUGUUUAAGACCCACCUCCUGGGGAAGCCUGUCAUCCGGGUGACGGGCGCAGAAAACAUCCGCAAGAUCCUGCUGGGCGAGCACAGCCUGGUGUGCACCCAGUGGCCCCAGAGCACCCGCAUCAUCCUGGGACCCAACACCCUGGUCAACUCCAUCGGAGACUUGCACAAGAAGAAGAGAAAAAUCCUGGCUAAAGUGUUUAGCCGGGGGGCUCUGGAGUCCUACCUGCCCCGGCUGCAGGACGUCAUCAAGUCUGAAAUCGCAAAGUGGUGCUCAGAGCCGGGUACCGUAGAAGUUUACAGUGCUGCCAGAUCCCUGACGUUCCGUAUCGCCGUCAGGGUCCUGCUGGGUCUGCAGAUGGAGGAGGAGCGGAUAGUUUACCUGGCCCAAAUCUUUGAGCAGCUGAUGAACAACCUCUUCUCGCUGCCCAUAGAUGCUCCGCUUAGUGGGCUACGCAAGGGCAUUAAAGCCAGAGAAAUCCUGCACACCAGCAUGGAGAAAAUCAUUGAGGAAAAGAUGGAGCGGCAGCAGGCGGAUGAGGAAUAUCAUGACGCCUUUGAUUACAUGCUUUCCAGUUCCAAGGAGCACGGCCAUCAGCUCAGCGUCCAGGAGCUCAAGGAAACAGCAGUAGAGUUGAUCUUCGCCGCUCACUCCACCACAGCCAGCGCCUCCACGUCGCUGAUUCUUCAGCUUCUUUGCCAUCCAGCGGUGACGGAGAGGGCCAGGAUUGAGCUGGAUGCCGAGGGACUUGGCUACGAAUCCCACAGAAGUCACGUCCCAAUUGGGGUCACCAUGGAGAAAGAGGAGGAUGCCGCAAACACAGAGACAACCUGCCUGCUGAACGGAGGCUGUCAGAAUCACCAGAAUCACAGUGACGGUUUUCCUCAGUCCCAGUCUCAUAUACCGUAUCUGAGCCUGGACAAGCUGAGCCAGCUCCGGUACGUCGACUGUGUCAUCAAAGAGGUCCUCCGCUUCCUACCACCAGUCUCCGGUGGUUACCGGACAGCCCUGCAGACAUUUGAAUUAGACGGCUACCAGAUCCCCAAAGGCUGGAGUGUAAUGUACAGCAUCCGGGACACCCAUGAGACCGCUGCUGUCUUCCAGAGCCCGGAGCUGUUUGACCCAGACCGCUUUGGCCCAGACCGAGAGGAGAGUCGGUCUGCUCGGUUCAGCUACGUGCCGUUCGGCGGUGGUGUGCGGAGCUGUGUGGGGAAAGAACUGGCACAGAUCAUCCUAAAGACUCUGGCUGUGGAGCUGAUCGGGACUUGCAAAUGGACUCUGGCCACGGAGAACUUUCCUAAGAUGCAGACAGUGCCAAUAGUGCACCCGGUAAAUGGACUGCAUGUGCAUUUCACAUACAACUACCCACUUUAGAGACAAAUACAGACAAAAAAACUCACCUAAGAGACAAUUUAACCUUCAGUCUGCUUCUGGAAAAACUCUGCAAGCCCAAGAGGGGAGACAACCACCUCACCAGGCCUGAUGGUGCAGUUCAGACACCCUCUUUGUUUCCAAGGACAUGAAGAAGGGGUUUACAUUGCUGGUUUGGAGCACUUCAUCUCUUCAGUGGUUCAGUCAAAAUCUAAGAAACCGCUUUGUGUUGCAGCACAAUUGCAUUUUUAACCACCCGGUAUGCUCACCUGCAGCGUUUUUAUCGUUUCCCAGCCUUUACUACCCUUAACAUGCAUUUGUAAGUUAUUAAUGUAUGGAAGGGGCAGUGC